UGUCGAGGGGGCUGCAGCAAGACCGCGCUCCUGACGCGAGAGGAGACUCGGCGCGUGGUGUCACCGUGGGAACUGGGAGACUGGCAAGCGGACAGGGGAGGGGCGCGCGCGUGCCACUGUGAAGUGGACUCUCUCUGUCACAUAGGUUACCCGUUAACUCCAGAGUCAGACACUGUAUCUACUCUGAUUCAGCGCUAUAAAGGAACGAUAUCAGGUAGCGCAUGGUGAUCAUAAACGCUGGGACUGAGGACAGUGCAGAUGAUUAUGACGAUGAUGGAAGGGCAGUGCAGUCGCUGUAAGAUCGUGGUGGUCGGCGACACUCAGUGUGGAAAGACGACGCUGUUGCAUGUGUUCGCCAAGGACAACUACCCAGAGAGUUAUUUGCCCACCGUGUUUGAGAACUACACUGCGAGCUUCGAGAUUGAUAAACACCGCAUUGAGCUGAACAUGUGGGAUACAUCAGGGUCCUCGUAUUAUGAUAAUGUGCGACCCCUGGCAUAUCCAGACUGCGAUGCUGUGCUCAUCUGUUUUGAUAUCAGCAGGCCAGAAACUCUGGACAGCAUCCCUAAAAAGUGGCAGCUCGAAGCUCAGGAAUACUGUCCCAGUGCAAAGUUGGUGUUGGUCGGCUGUAAACUCGACAUGAGGACAGACGUCAACACCUUACGAGAACUGUCCAAACAGCGGCUCAUACCUGUCACACAUGAACAGGGGAGUCUACGAGCUCGUGAGCUGGGCGCUGUAGCGUACGUCGAAUGCUCUUCCCGCAUGUGCGUGAACAGCGUGCGAGACGUCUUUCACAUCACCACUCUUGUGUCCGUCAGACGUGGCCCCGCCCCUAGCCUCAAAAGAAGCUCCUCACGGCGCACUCUCAAACGCAUGUCUAAUCAGCCUCUAAUGCCUGUCAGCUCACAAGCCACGCCCCUCGAACCCGCCCCAACCCUGAGGGAGGACAGAGCCAAGAGCUGCACAAUCAUGUAGCCCAAAGCACGCACCAAAACGCACACCUGGACAUGCACACUCAGCCACAGUGGUGCGUAUGAACUAAGACGUGUGCAAUGUAUUGUGUGUUUAUGGGACAUUGAGGGUCAUAUGUGACCCACAGGACUGUACAGUUGUGCGAUAUACAUUAUACAGAGGAGUUCUAUUUAUUAACUGUAUCUUCUUGGCCUUUAUUUUUAUCAUUGUGGUGUUACGUAGCAGACCUCAAAGCAAAGAGAAUCAAAAGAAUAAAAAAAGAUUUGGAAUUUUAAUGCCUGGACAGCUUUUGUUUUGAUAGUUACAAAAGUACUGUGGUCAACAGCUAUAAGAUAAGGCUAAUGGAAAUCAGCUAUUCUGCGUUCGUGUUUAAAAUGUUUUUUACGUUGGUGUCUGAAAAUCAUGCGAGUAUUUUUCAUAGUUUUUGUGGACCGUUUUUUAGUAUAAUACUGUCAUUGUGUCAUUUUCCCUUUUGGGACACACCUCUCUAGAGAUCACAGAUCUGUCACAAGCUCAUUUGCAUGGAACUAAAUCACUGGAAUCCUGAGAAUCUUUUGCCAGCAUUAGCAAUGAUGAGCAUUAGCUUUAGCAAAACAAAGACAUCUGUGACGUUUGCUGUUCACUCUUUUUAGAACAAUCAGUCAUGCUUUGGGACAUCACAAAGACAUCAUUCACACUAUAGAGGAACGCCAACGCGAAUGGUAGACAUUGCCAUUUAGUAUGUAUAUAAAGGAACUGUUCACCCAAAAAUGAAAAUUCUGUCUUCAUUUACCCACGCUCUAGUUGUUCCAAAUCUGUAUAAAUGUCUUUGUUCUGAUGAACACAGAGAAAGAUAUUUGGAAGAAUGCUUGUAACCAAACAGUUCUUGGCCCCCAUUGACUACCAUAGUAGGUAACAUUGCUUUAUAAAUGUCUUUGUUCUGUUGAACACAAAAGAAGAUAUUUUGAAGAAUGUAGGAAAGCAAACAGUUGUGGGGCACUUUUGACUACCAUUGUAAUUGUUCUCUAGGGUUUUCUAAAAUUCUCCUGCUAACUUUUUAAUGUCUUCAUGGUUUGAUUCCUCCGGAUCUCAGCGACUUGCUCCUCCCACUCUGCUGUGCAAAUAACUUGUCUGAAUUCAAAACAUUACUCAAAAUUCACCUAUUUUCAGAUUGUUAUUUCUCUUAAGGUGUUUUCUGUUGCUCUGAUGUUUGCCUUUAUUGUAAAGCAUCUAGCUCUGGAAAGGCGCUAUAUAAAUAAAACAUAUUAUUGUUAUUAUUAUUAUUAUUAUUAGGGUGAGUAAAUGAAGACAGAAUUUUUAUUUCUGGGUGAACUAUCCCUUUAACUUCAAUUUCUCUUGGAAACUAAGAGAGUCAGAUUGGUGGAUUAAAUACAAGUUUAAUUUUAUAAACAGAAUUUGGAUCAUGCUGUUGUUUAUCAUAUAAAGUACUUUCAAAAAAUGGUCUCAGUUACAUUAAACACUUCAUCAUGAUCUUGUAGUAUAAUAAAUCUAGUUAAACUGAUAACAAUUACAAAAUGUGCAAAGAAAACAGAAAAGGGACCAACAGGAAAGACACUCAAGCCACAAAAAUAUUUAAAAAUGGUUAAAUCCUCCACAUGUGCUUUAGGAAUGUUUACUGUAAAGAAUGUUUUUAUUUCCCUCUGUGUUAUAAGAGUUGCUCUCCGUUUCUAUUCUAAUAAAGCCAUAAUCCAAACUCAGUGAGGACCAACUCAAGAAAUCCGGCUUUGUACAAGAUACAACUGUAGUCAUUUCUGUAUGUAAAUUCUCUUGGAGGCAGUCAGAUGCACAAAAAACACCACGGCUUCGUUUAUCAGCAACAUGCAGUCAUUGCCAAGGCAACUGUGUACAGCCUUUGUGA